UAUCUCAGUAUACAUCUAUUGUAAAGGAGAACGCAGAUGUCGUCAUUUUCUGCUGAUUUGUGGCGCUAUACUUGCUUCUGGAGGAGUGCUCAUGACGGCUACCAUUUCUAACAAUGCUCAACUCGCUGCUUACCUCACAUUAUCUGGGACCGGUAUCAACAUUCUCUGUACUGCGAUUGUUAUCACACUCGACGCACAAUCUCCAGAUGAUUUCAAGAUUUUCUACGGUAUUGGCAAAUCUGGUUACGCUUUCGGAAUGGUCGCAGUACCUCUCAUCGCUCAUUAUCUCAGAAAAGUAUAUGGUUGGCGAGGAUCACUAUUGCUUUUAGGAGGGUUCAUGUCUCAUCUCAUUCCGUUCACGAUGUUAGUCGAUACUAGUUUAGAGAGGAAGGAAGAAACACAUUCCAUAGUGCACAAAGAUGACGCAACUAUUCACAUGAACUGCCAGUGUUUCCGAUCUGAUGAGUCUGGAAACGAAUCUGAGGUAACAGGCAACGACCCUGGGGGUACCAAAUGUGAAGAACCAAAGAGACAGUCAUUGUUGGAACUUUCUCAAGUGAAAAUGAUAAAGAACAUUGAAACCGGUCAUAAGGAACAGAUAGCUCUGCAGAGGAGAAGGCCAGCGAAGCUAAUUGAACAACAGUCUCCACCAAAACCUGGUGGCCAGGAGAUUCAGAUGGUCACGAGAUGCCACGCUAUUUUCGAAAAGAUUGUACAUGCUAUUACAGAAUCUAUCUUUUACCAAGACCCCUGGCUCACUGUCUUGAUUGGUGUUGUGGGUCUCUUCGGGGUGAUAGAUGGUGCAUGGCAUGCAUUUUUGAUUCCCCGUGCCAUGGGUAGAGGUAUACCAACCUCAAAGGCACUUACCCUUGCGUACUCCGCAGGAGCCGGUUGUUUUAUUGGCCGUUGUAUUAGUGGUGUUCUCCCCAGUACUCAGUACUUCGGUCAGCUUGAAUGGUUUCUUUCCUUGACCUUGCUAAACUGCUCGUCCCUUGUCAUCGACAUCUUCAUUCUAAAUUUUAACAUCGUGAUAGUGACAUCGUUUAUGGCAGCCAUGUGUAUCGCUGAACUUGAUAUUUUGCAAGUCACCCUGUGCCAAGAAAGAUGUCCAUCUCAUGCUUUUCCUGUCGCAUUAGCAGUUGGAGAAGUCAUCUUUGGGAUAUCAGAACUAUUAGGCACGUCAAUAGCAGGAUAUCUUGCUGAUAGAUUUGCUGACUUCAACGCAUCUUUUAUCUUCCUGUUGUUCGUUGAAAUUUGCAUAUUCGUUAUGAUGUUAAUUUUGAAAUUCACCAAGCAUCGGACUUAACAUACAUUUUUGAAAUACAAUUGAUCAAUCUAUGCACUUCUCUUUUGGCUACGGACCAGCACUAGAGUCCCACCCAGUGAUUUCGUUUUUAUACAAUUAUAGACCUAAUUAGAACUGGACGAGCCGUAAUUCAUUAAAUGUACUGGUAGUCAUCGCAUGCAAAGCUCCAAAUCCAGAUGAAAAAGAGACAAAUGUGAAUGCAUAAGGCAGACUAUGAUGUCACCCAUAUCAUUCUCUUCCUAAGAAGAAAUAGAGCAGCUGGGAAAAAUAACUCAAAGAUGUGAAGAAGACCCUAGAUACCGUAAAAGGGAUACUCCGUGCUGAAAAUAUAGAAAGAUAUUGAAUUUUAAAGUGUAAACAAUAUUUUGUGAAAACAGUCAUAUGCACACCGUCAUGAAUAUUCAUUAGGUGGGCUGAUGAUGUCAUAUCCCCACUUACCUUACAAAAGUAAAAGUGAGUGGAUGACGUCAUAGUCUCCUCAUUUGCAUACCAGCCAGGAUGUGCAUAUAACUGUUUUGUGAAAUUAAGCGAAACUUUAAAAUGUCAUAACUUUCUUAUUUUACAUCCGAUUUUGAUGGAAUUUUCAGUGUUAUGCUUUUGUGAUUUUUCUCUUUUUAUUCAAAUCAACUUCUUGUUGGGGUGGACUUGUCCUUUAAAUUGCCUUUCCUAGUCGGCACACUCAUCUUUUGUUGAGUAUGUCAACCAAAAAAGGCAAUGGAUUGUUUUUAAAUCUUGUUAUUCUUAUUGGAAAUUGUUGAUAGUUGUUUGUACGACGAACAGAUAUGUUUUUUUCGAGGUAGCCAUGUCUUACACAGAGGAUGAGUUGAAAGUGAUCUUGCAAAUUUUUUACACAGUGUCAGUCUUCUCUCCUUAAGUGUUGGUAAAUCACAUACCUGAAAUGCAUUUGUGUAUGUGAUGUAAUUAUGUCCUAAGAUAAUUUUACAUACUCUCCGUUGUAUUCUUUCAAUAGUAUUAUUUUGUUUUGCUGUAAUUUCAAAUCAGAUUGUAUAAUAACUCCAAGAAUUUUGAUACUUUCUACAUUACAUAAGGCAGAGUUAUUAAUGGCAAGAACCUCAGGAGUGAUGGGGUUUUUCAUAAAAAUAAUAUGUAAGGUAAAACACUUUGAGGGAUUGAGUGACAUAUUUUUUGAUUGCGACCAGUAUUGCACUGAAUUAAGUACUGAUUGUAAUUGCAAAGUGUCGGUUGAUUUACGACACUGUACUAAAGACAAACCAUCAACAUAUUUAAAAUAGUGUAUAGGAAUAUUUUCACAUGAAUCGUUUACCAUAAUUAAAAAAAUAAUUGGGCCAAGUCGUGUCCCUUGGGGCAUACCGGCAUGAUUAACUUUGAUAUCAGAAAAGAUUCCAUGAUAUAAUGUACAUUGCUUGCGAUAUUCCAAACAAGUGGAAUGCCUCUGGCGGUAUCACCUGCAUCACGCGAUUCAAUAUAGCAGCAGUGCUGACUUUGAAAACUACUAUAAAAUAUUUAUUCACAAAAAACACCAUUCAUAUAAUGAUACAAUACUACGUUCAUUUGAAAUCUAAAACUUGUCAGUGAUACUUGAUUACCCCAAUAUCCACAUUUUAUACACUAUAUCUAUAAACUUUGAAAGUUAUGACAGCAAUCUAAUAGUUACCUCUAAAAUGGCCAAAGUUCAAUGACCUUAAAUGACCUUUGACUUUGGUCAUGUGACCUUAAACUCGCAUGAGA